UCCAGCUGCAACUCCGGAUCCAAGAUCUCUUGCUGCGAUACUUCCGGCAAGACCGAAGGCUUCCUUGGCAACAUCCUCGGAGGAUCUUGCGACCUUCCUCAGCUCCUCUUCGCCCACACCAACUGCAAGGCCGACGAGAUCUUCUGCUGCCCGACCAAUCAAGACGGUUUCCUCAAUCUCUCCGCAUCAUGUGUGCCCAUCACCAUUUGA